AUGAGUGAAGAUAAAAUUUCGAAGAAUGAGCUGAAACGCCGCAUGAAGGCAGAGCAGAAGGCAAAAGAGAAGGCAGAAAAAAAUGCCGCCCAACUAAAAGGUGUGGUCAAACACAAGCCAGAAUCCUCCGCGCAGGAACGCGAAGUAGAUGAGGAGGAAAUGGACGCUGGUGAGUUUUUCAAAUUGCGAAUGAUGGCCGUGGCCCAAAUGAAACUCCAGGGUGAGCAUCCAUAUCCGCACAAGUUCCAUGUCGACAUUUCCCUGCAGAAUUUCAUCGACAAGUACAACCAUCUUGAGCCUGGCCAGGUGCUCACUGAUGUCAAGUUGUCUUUGGCCGGUCGUUGUCAUGCCAAGCGAGAAUCCAGCCAAAAACUUAUCUUCUACGAUUUGCGAGGCGAAGGAUCCAAGAUUCAGGUGAUGGCCAAUCUAUCGUAUUAUGAGAACGAAGAAGCUUUUUAUAAGAUCCAUAGUAAAUUACGUCGUGGCGAUAUUGUUGGUGUGCAGGGUCAUCCAGGCAAGACCAAAAAGGGUGAGCUCUCCAUUAUCCCCGUCCAUAUGGAGUUGUUGUCGCCAUGCCUUCAUAUGUUGCCACAUCUUCAUUACGGUCUGAAAAAUCAAGAGACUCGCUAUCGGCAACGCUAUCUUGACCUCAUUAUAAACGAUUCGACCCGGCAGAAGUUUAUUGUGCGCGCCAAGGUCGUCAACUUUGUACGUAAAUUCCUCGACUCGCUGGGCUUCCUCGAAGUUGAAACGCCUAUGAUGAAUAUGAUCGCCGGAGGAGCGGCCGCCAAACCUUUUAUGACGCACCACAAUGAGCUGGAUAUGGAUCUGUACAUGCGGGUUGCGCCUGAGUUGUACCAUAAAAUGCUCGUCGUAGGCGGCCUUGAUCGCGUCUAUGAGAUCGGUCGUCAGUUCCGAAACGAAGGUAUUGAUCUGACUCAUAAUCCUGAGUUUACCACCUGCGAGUUCUAUAUGGCUUACGCCGAUUACAACGAUCUCGCAGUGAUCACUGAAAAGAUGAUUUCUCAAUUGGUGUACGAGAUUACUGGCGGAUACAAGGUAAAGUACACGCAAGUCGAUGGCACCGAGUUCGAAAUCGACUUUACCCCGCCAUUCCGGCGAAUUCACAUGUUACCUGACCUCGAAAAGGCGUUAGGUAUGCAGCUGCCAGCUCCCGACCAGUUCCACACAGCGGAAACGAACAAGCUUCUGUCAGACAUCUGCGUAAAGCGCGAAGUCGAGUGUUCUGCACCGCGUACAACAGCUCGUUUAUUAGAUAAACUCGUAGGUGAGUUUCUCGAGGUGCAAUGCAUCAACCCGACGUUCAUUCUCGACCAUCCAGAGAUCAUGAGUCCGUUGUCUAAAUGGCAUCGGUCGAUCAAGGGCUUAACGGAGCGAUUCGAGUUGUUUGUGGCAAAGAAGGAAAUUGUUAACGCAUAUACUGAGCUAAACGAUCCGCUCAUACAGCGGGAACGCUUCGAGCAGCAGGCAAAGGACAAAGCCGCUGGUGAUGACGAAGCGAUGUUCGUGGACGAAAAUUUCUGUAUGGCACUCGAAUAUGGCUUGCCACCCACCGGCGGUUUUGGUCUGGGUAUAGACAGGCUUGUCAUGUUUUUGACAAACUCCAACAAUAUCAAGGAAGUUUUACUCUUCCCCGCCAUGCGACCAGAUGACAAUAGACCGUCGGCGACCACGGAACAUGUCUCACAACAACAAUAA